UAUCACGAACUAAUAAAAAUAUUAAUUUUACAGAAUCAUAAUACCCAGCAAAACAAACAACGAAAUUUGCGCCAAUUUUAAAAGCAGGUGAAUUCCAAAAUGCGGUUAUAGUGUUUCGGUGACAAGUGACUGAUCAAGUGCAUUAACAGAUAGGGCAUUAUAAACUGCAAUUCGACCAAUUUAUUUGAGAAAUUUAAAUUCAGAGAAUUUUUUUUGAUAACUGGGUUAACACAUUUGCAAUUUUGUUACUUUUUGCGAAGCAUCCGAUGUUAAAUGUAGCAGUAAGCUCUUUCACAUUAUGUGACUAGAGCUUCGUUCAUACGGUUUACAAACAAACUCUGUGAUCGAAAGUUUAUUAUAUUUUCUACAGGCAAUAUAUUGUAAAGUAGCCGCGAGACAGCAUAUCAUUUCUCUAAAAUGAACAUUCUUCCAAAAAAGAGUUGGCAUGUUCGGAACAAAGACAAUGUUGCCAAAGUACGUAAAGAUGAAGAAGAGGCAAGGCAGCAGGAGAAGGAACAAGCUCGACGGGCUGCUCUUGCUGAACAAGAAGCAAGGUUGGAUUUAUUAAGAAACCGGUCUCGAGGAAAAACUGCAAUUGAAGCUCAAAAAUCUGGUGAAACAAGUAGCCGAGCUUUGGUGCAGUUUGUUGCAGAGGGUAACAAACCUACAAAUCUAUUUGAAGAUAUUGAGAAAAAUGGGGUCAGUAUGACAGCCAAGAAUGCUGAAAAUGAGGAAGAGAAGAGAAAAGAGAAAGAAGAGGCUGAGAAGAAGAUUGGUUUGUUGACAUAUCUGGGGCAAGGUGCGGUAGAAACAUUAGAUGAUGAUAAAAAGCCAUGGUACUUCAAGGUACCUGACAGGCUGAAAGAAGAAGAUGGAAAAUCUAAACAGACUCCAGACCCGAAAAGAAAAGCUUACCUUGAUCCAUUGGAAGAGAUGAAGCAGCAUUUAUCAAAGAAGAAAAAGAAGAAGCACAAGUCACAUAAAGACAAAGAUCGAGUCAAAGACAAACAUUCGAAAACGUCAAAACAGUCUUCUACAGAAGACAAGCUUUCUCAAAUGAGAAAAGCACGAUUAGAACGGGAAGCCAAAGAAAAACAACGUUCAUUAGAUUUGUUAAAUAAACACUACGGUGUUAAACCAAAGAAAGAGGAAGCGCAUAAACAAUUUGAACCGAAGUAUAAUAAUCAAUUUAAUCCACACCUUGCACGUAAUAACAGAAGUGAUUUGUAACUUUUUCAUUGUUGGUAUAGACUUUAUAUCCAGUUACAUUUUAUAUAAAUAAAAUAAUCAAAUAUUGUGAUUAUAUUUGAAAUAAAGAAAAUAUUUCACUGUUCUGAUAUGAAACUUAAAAUAACUGGUACAAUAGAAAA